AACGGUGUCAUUCGCAGGUGAACAUCCGCCGCAGAAAGUUGAGCAAGAAACGAGAUCCGACACACAGCAAUGGUUGUUACGAAAAAAGCGACGGGUUGGCAGAAGUUGGCCGUUACCGUGUGGUGUGCGGCGGUGGUGGUGUGCUGUGUCGUGGCUGGCCCACUUCCAGCGGAACACCCGAAGGAUCAUUCCGAGUCCUCCGGCUCCUCGUCCGAGGAGAAAGAUCAAGGCUACCCGCUCAAUUCGCUGUACAGCCCGCUCGAGUACGGUGCGACGGUGGAGAGUGACGAGGCGACACUCAUCGGUGGCAACAGCACCCAGAACACUACCAAGGAGUUGUACGUGAUCAAAGCGGUGGUGUACGAAAUUGGAAUUCUAGCCGACGUGCCCGAGAACGAAACGCUCGAAGGAGAUGAACCAAUCACCCACCAGCAGGUCGAUCUGUCCUUCUUCAGCCACGGCGGUAACGAUACGCACCUCGAUCUGGGCGACAUUCCCGUGCCCAUCCAGACGAGCGUGCAGGGGCAGGUGUUCACCGGUAUCGCCCCGGUGCAUGUCGGCACCGUGCCGACCAAGCUGAGCGAUCUGCUGUCCGCCCUGCCGAUCGCCGGCACGGUGGUGAACAUUUCGCAAACCAACAGCUCGUACGUGGAGGUGCACAAGCACAACAUUAGCGAUGCGGCCGUCCUGCUGCAGGGGCAGAACGAUCUGAGCAGCUUACCGUUUGGCAGCUCCGUGAGCGAACCGCUGGUGCCGGCGAGCGUGGACGAGACGGUUGUUGGACUGACGAACAAGGCGAAAACGCCGGAAGCGGAGAACCAUUGAGUGUAGAGUAAAAGGGACAGAAAGGGCAGAUGUGUGUGUUUAGCAUAAGAUUUACCUACUAUUUUGUGUAAAAUAUAUUGCUGUUUUUAAAAUUUGUAA